AUGCUCAGUCGCUUCGUGUCAUCACCAAAAGACUCUUUACCACCUUGUCAAACGAAUUAUGUGAAAAAAGGUCAUUCGAGACAUUGUCACAGAGUUUCUCACACCGCCCCGCCGUCACAGUGGCAAAGCACCACUCACAUUGCGGGCACUUCUAUCGCAGUUUUUUUGCCGCACCAAGUCGCUGCUCCACAGGCGUGUUCUUUCCUCACCGCCACCACCACCAUUUGCACACACAUCAUUCUUCACAGAAUGAGCGCCCCUCGCCGAAGUACCUCAACAUGCGUGCGGCUCAGGGUGCUUCAAACAGAAAACUUCCUUUAA